AUGAUAACGCGCAUUGAACCGUCCAGAUUAAAAGGCUUCUUCGGCGGCUCCGGCGCGGACAUGUUCGGGGAGCUGGAGGCUGUGGACCGUGUGCUGAUGCUCACGGGAAACUUUGACGCGGGCACAAAGGCCUUGACGGCGCCGGUGCGUCUGGCGUACAUUGGCACCGCCGUCUACGACCUCCCCGAGUACAAGGAGACGCAGACGAAGGGGUUUCUGUCGCGCGGCUGCACCGUGGGCGAGGUGUGCGUGGCGGACCUCUCCGCGCCGAACAAGGUCGCGAAGGAGGAGCUGGAGUUUUUGGGGCAGGCGCAUAUUGUGCUGGUGUCGGGCGGCAACACACUCUUCGCCGUUCGCCGCUGGGAGGAGACGGGGCUUGACGUCUGCCUUCGCGCCGCGGCGAUGCGCGGCGCCGUGCUGGCGGGCGGGAGUGCGGGCGCCAUCUGCUGGUUCACCUCCGGCCACAGCGACUCGGCUGACCCGGCGACGUACGCCGCGGCGAUGCUGCGGGGGGCCUGCGGCGACGCCAACAAAACAGCGGCGGCGGCGGUGGAGGCGCAGCGGCAGCGGCCGCAGCAGGAAGUUGAGGACGGUGCGGCUUGGAGCUACAUCCGCGUGCACGGCCUCGGCCUCCUGCCGGGGCUGCUCUGCCCCCACCACGACAAGCGUGAGAGCAACGGGGUGCUGCGGGUGGAGGACAUGGACAAGAUGAUGCUGCGGCACCCGACGGAGCGCGGCGUCGGCGUCGAUCACUGGGCGGCGGUUGUGCUGCCAGGCGACGGCACCUACGAGGUCUUCACCGUGCCAGGCAAGGCACGCGCGACAAACAGCGCGCUGGCGCCCGCCGUCUACGUGAAGGACGUCGUGGCGGGUGAGCUACGCUCGCUGGAGAUGCCGGAGCGGGGGCAGCUGAGCCAGCUGCUGCGGCAGCCAAGCGGCCCCGUGGUGCAGGACCCUUUCGAGGCGUACUACGCCAUGGCAAACCCAACGGCGACGACCGAAAAGCUCCUCUGCCGCUUCCGCUGA